GACUGAUCGUUGUGACAUUAGCAGUAUGCUGGAUGCCAAACCAGAUUCGAAGGAUCAUGGCUGCAGCCAAGCCCAAGGAUAACUGGACCAGGUCCUACUUCCAGGCAUACAUGAUCCUCCUACCCUUCUCCGACACCUUCUUCUACCUCAGUUCRGUGGUCAACCCGCUCCUGUACAACGUGUCCUCGCAACAGUUCCGCAGGGUGUUUGGGCAGGUGCUGCGCUGCCACCUGACCCUCGAGCAUGCCAACCAGGAGAAGCGCCUGCGCGCCCACGGACGCUCCACCACCGACAGCGCCCGCUCCGCCCGCAGCCCGCUCAUCUUCUUGGCUUCCCAGCGCGGUUCUUCUGCAAGGCGAACUAACAAGGUUUUCUUAAGCACUUUUCAAAGUGAGGCCAAGCCCGAGUCUGAGUCUGAUCCCCAGCAACUGARUCAGGAGUCACCACAGCCCAACCCAGAGACGAAACCAGCCAAUUCUGCUGUCGAGAAUGGUUUUCAGGAGCAUGAAGUGUGA